AUGACCGCCCAACGCCAGGCCUCCUCCGCCUCCCAAACGCCCCUCAUCUCCCCAGCAGAGCUUUCCUACCUCUACACAUCACUAUCACUCCCCGAUGGCCCCAUCCGCCCCGACGGCCGCUCGCCCACGCAAUUCCGCCCGUUGACCGCAGAAACAGACAUUCUGCCGGGCACCAACGGUAGCGCGCGCGUGGGGUUCGCUGACGGCACGCAAGCCAUCGUGGGAGUGAAAGCGGAGGUGGAAAAGACCGUUGUUGCAGCCGAGGCGCUGAACCUAUCGCAACAGCAAACGCAAGAAGAUUAUGCCGAUAAUGAAGGUGGAGAGGGCCAGAAAACCUCCAGUCAUGGUCAUGGAUCGUGGGUGCAGAUGUCUAUUGAGAUCCCCGGGUUUCGGGAUGAUGAUGCCCUCCCGGUUUUCUUGUCGGAGAUGAUGCGCGAGCCGCUUGUUGAGUCGGUUGCUGGUUCUGGUGAUGGGGUGGGUGGGGAUGAGAUGGCGGGUGGGUUGAAGGGGAGGUUGGUUAUUAAUAAGAGGUGGCAUUGGAGGUUGUAUAUUGAUGUGCUGCUGCUGUCUCAACCUUUGUCGUAUCCGUUGCCGUUGCUGUCUUUGACGACUCAUUUGGCUCUUUUGUCGACUAAGUUGCCUAAGCUCAAGUCUAAGGGAGAGGAAGACCCCUUCUUCGAUGAUGAUUGGAAUGCCGCUGAAUAUCUAUACCCUCGCUCGCAGUCGGGGCCUCGUCUUUCUUCUACGAAGCAGGUCCGGCCUCCUGUUACGCUGCUUGUCAUUUCUGUGGGCGAUAAUGUCAUCUUUGAUCCUAACAGGGAGGAGAUUGCGGUUGCGGAUACGGUCCUAGCUGUUUCUGUCACCCAGGACAGUGACUCGGAUGGCCUGAAACUGCUCUCUAUUCGCACAGUCGACCCCCCGUCUCGUCUUACGCAGCCGGGUGUAUCGAACUCGGAGAACGUGGCGACUCUGGGCUCCACGGCCGCUGCGGAAGAGGCCGCCAUGACGGACCCGUCUACUGGCGAAGAGGUUGCCGGCGUUUGGAGACCCCGACGGGGUGGUGUCAAGCGGCGCACGAUUGCAAAGAUGCUCAAGCUGGUCUUGCAGAAGGGAGGUGUUGGUGAAGAGGUCCUUGAGGGUCUUGAGGGAGUUCAGGUGGGCUGA